UCCGUCGUGCCUGGUGCCAUUGGACGUCAGUCUGUUUGCCAGCUUGGUUAUCCAGCAACUUUUCUCGUUUUCCCAUUGGAAUCACAUCUUCGCCUAGACGCGUAUAGAUUGAGCCGCGCCAGUCGAGCUUGAGCUUUCCGGGAAAGAACUUGAGACCGAGAGCGCAGCAGAGGAGUUGAGGAGAGGAUAUGGCCGAGGAGAAAAACAACCAGCCUAGCGACGUCAUGGUCGAGGAAAAGCCGAAGGCAGAGGCGACCGAGGAAAAGCAGGUCGAGGAAGCCGCUGAAAGGAAGCCCAGUGACGCGGUGGAGGAAAAGCCCAUCAGCGAUGUGGCCGAGGAAAAGCAACCCGAGGUCAAGACAAAACAAAGCUUCCGAGAGAAAAUGUGGGUUCACAUGGCCAAGGAAAAGCUUACCCGAUCCUUUCGGAGUUUGUGCAGCAGGAUUCCGUUUUUCAAUGGAUACGACGAAGCCACCAAGCGCCUCACUGAACUCAAUGAGUACAAAGAGGCGAAGCUGUUGAUGAUCAGUCCCGACAAGCCUCAGGAAUCCGUGAUUAUAGCAUCCUUGCAGCAGAAAAAGGAAGUCUUGAUUCCUAGGCCAAGACUCCUCAGCGGGUUGUUCUACCGCGUGAAAAGUGCCGCGGAUUUACCCGAGGAGGAGGCCAAAGAUGUCGUGGUCAGGUACGACAUCAAACAAGUACAGACUCCCAUUAAUUUUCACUCAAAGGAUCUCAAGGUGGACAUGCUGGUUUUGGGAUCAGUGUGCGUCAACAAGGCUGGCUACAGGAUAGGAGAGGGAGAGGGCUUUGUGGACUUGGAAUAUGCCAUUCUGUCGAAAAUGAAGGCAGUCGAUGAAAACACUAUAAUUGUAACAACGGUGCACGAUUGCCAAAUUCUCGAUGAUCUUCCAAACGAGCUUUUCGAACCACACGACGUAGCUGUGGAUGUGAUCAUCACUCCAACACAGACGAUUGUUGUCAAUCCAAAACUUAAACGACCCAAUGAUAUUAUUUGGUCCAACAUCAGUGAAAAACGACUAGAACGCAUACCAAUCCUCAAAGAAAUUAAAGCGUUAGAAGAAACGUAA